AUGAGCGCCAACGAUGCGGCGAUUAUCAAGCCGGCUGACCUAGCAUCUAGCAACACGUACAAGACGCUGCUGAGCCUGGACGGCGGCGGCCUCCGCGGCCUCGUGUCAUGCCAGGUGCUGCAGGCACUGGAGGAUUCCAUCCGCAAGCUCAUCUGGCAGGAGCGCCGCAGGCUCUUCCCCACCGCCACCAGCGCGGCGCCGGGCGCCGUCCACCUGGACGAUGCCGCCGACCUCGUCACCGGCGGCGGUGCCGUCGUCAAGAGCGAGGAUGACAUCGCCGUCGACCUGGGUGACUGGUUCCACCUGGUGGCGGGCACCUCCACCGGCGGCCUGCUGGCGCUGUACUUUUCAGCCCGCGGCGGGCGAAAGGACUACUCCGGUGUGAGGCGCGGCAGCGCAGCCGCCGCCGCAAAGAUCUACACAGUGGAGGGCGCCAAGUAUCAGCACGGCUCUGCGGGCCUGGAGGGUGUGCUCAAGGAAAUCUUUGCGAGCGACAGCCAGAGCACUAUGCAGACGGCGCUCAAGACGCCCGUGGCCAUCACCGCGGUCGACGCCAGCAAGGCGCGCUCCGGCCUCUUCUACUACGAGAACGUGCGCAACCCCUUGAAGGACCCCUCAAAGCCGUUCGAAACCAGCGGCUUCACUUCUCCGCUGCGCCGCUCCACCAUCCGUGGCAAGGCGCUCGCGCGGGUGCAGAGCCGCGCGCUGACGCGCCGCGAGGCGGAGACCGUCAUCGCCGCCAGCCUGGGUCUGGGGGGGCUCGACCUGGUGGAUGUGGCGGCGGCGCGCCGCGGGGUGGACGGCCAGGGCCACAAGCUGUGGCUGCCGUCGGUGCAGCUGAGCCAGCACGACUUCUACGUGUGGCAGGUGGCGCGCGCCACCAGCGCGGCCCCCGGCUUCCUGCCUCCUGUGGAGGUGUCGCCCUCCGACGGGACCGGCGAGGCGGGGGGCUCCUGGCCGCGCAUCUUUGUCGACGGCGGCCUGGCCAACAACGACCCGGCCUGGAUGGGCGUGGGGCUCAUGCUGAUGCUGUGGGGGGCGCGCCGCCAGGCGCAGAACGAGGCGCACAACAACGGGCGGCUGCCGGGUGCCAUGCCCAAGUCCCUGACCUUCCUCAACACCGCCGUCUUCAGCGUUGGCACCGGCCAGUCGCAGGCGUGCGGGGCGUGGCAGGACAGCCCCGGCGGCGGCAACCCGAUCACGGGGCUGAAGGCGGCCCUGGGGUUGCUGGCCAACCUGGUGUCUCUGACCAUGGCGGUCAAUGGGGAGGACAAGCAGAGCAUUCUCAAGCUGAUCUACUAUGGCCUGCUGCGCCUGCCAGAGGGGCAGUACAUGCGGAUCCAGCUGCCUUUUGGCGACACCGCCGCGCCCGCGCCCCCCAUUGCGCCCGCCGCGAUCGCCGAGGCGCCGGCGCCCGCCGCCGCCGGCCCCGAUGCGGGGCCGCCGGACGCCGUGCGCGGCGGCGGCACCCGCGACGCGGGAGACGCGCCGGCCGCGAAGCUGGGCGCGGCAAAAGGGGAGGCGGAGGUGACGGGCGACGACGACGACUUCCUGCCACCAGUGGAGCUGACCCCCGAGGAGCUGGCUGCGCUGGACAAGAUGGACGACCCCGACCCCAGGGUGCUGGCCAAGUACGAGGAGGUCGGCCAGAAGCUGGUGGCGCGCUACGAGAAGCGCAUCGACUGGUGGGUGCGCUGCUUCCUGCUGGGCCUUGAGGACCCCUUCGACGCCACGGCCCGCGUCGCGUGA